AUGGAGGGCCCUCGGAGGAUCCAGUGCCUGUACCUGACAUUCGUUUGCCGUGGGUGGUCAGUGUACCCUCGGCAGGUAGCACCGGUCCAAAGGCUGGGUUCUGCGCUGGGCUCACUGGAGUCCUCAGCCAGCCCUUGUGCAGCGCUGUGUGACCUGCCUUGUACAGCUGGGCGUCUGAGGAGCAGGCAGGUGGGGUUGGACCCUGGCCGGGGCUCCCUGGGCAUUUAUAGCCGGAUGUGGGUGUUGAGCAGUGUCAGCAGGGGCGAUCGAGAGGGCAGGGGAGCCUCAGGCGUCUGUGGGGCCCAACUCCACACCACCCUGGCCCUGCUCAUGGGUGAGCUGUCGGCCCUCCACCUGGGCAGGGGCUCGCGGGCUCGGGGACUGGGCCUUACUGCCAGGAAGAGGCAGGAGCUCUGCCCUCCCACCUCUCCAAGACAAGGGGGCUGGAGGCAGACCUGGAGGGUGCCCUCCCAGGUCCCUGGGUGGGUGGCUGGGGAGGGAGACUUGGCCACCUACAGAUGCACCUUGGGGCCUUCCCACAGCCCCCAGCUCCUAACUUGGCAGCACUAUGGGGUCCUGCUGCCUUCCCCGGUCACGUCCCACGCCACCUGGCUCCCUCUGCCAGCAGGGUCCCUGGGCUGGGCCUGGGUCCCCAACUACUGUGGGAGCCCCUGGGAAGCCAUGUGCAACUUUGUGUGUGACUGCAUGGACUGCUGGGACGAGCUCCAGUGUGGUUUCCACGGGGCCGCUCCUGCCCUGGGCAUCCCAUUCACCUGUGACUUUGAGCAGGACUCUUGCGGCUGGCAGGACGUCAGCACCUCGGGCUACAGCUGGCUUCGGGACCGGGCAGGUGCCUCACUAGAGUGGCCUGGGGCACGCACGGACCACACUCUCGGCACUGACCUGGGCUGGUAUGUGGCUGUCGACACCCACCGCGGGAAGGAGGCGUCCACAGCAGCCCUGCGCUCACCCACCCUGCAUGAGGCUGCCGCCACCUGCCAGAUCAAGCUCUGGUUCCAUGCAGCCGCAGGAGAUAUGGCUGAACUGAGGCUGGAGCUGACCCAUGGCACCGAGACUCUGACCCUGUGGCGGAGCUCAGGGCCCUGGGGCCCCGGUUGGCAGGAGUUGGCAGUGGCCACAGGUCGCAUCCGGGGCGAUUUCCGGGUGAGCUGGGGGUGGCCUGGACAGGCGAUGCCCUCCUGGGCAGUGGGCGGUCAGGCUGGGCCGGGCUUAGGCCCUAAGGCUUUCUGCUUUCCUAAGGUCACCUUCUCUGCCACCCGAAAUGCCACCCACAGAGGCGCGGUGGCCUUGGACGAUGUGGAGUUCCAGAACUGUGGGCUGCCCACCCCCAGGGCCAGCUGCCCACUGGGUCAGCACCACUGCCGAAACAAGGCUUGCGUGGAGCCCCACCAGCUGUGCGACGGGGAGGACAACUGCGGGGACCGCUCGGAUGAGGACCCGGACACCUGCAGUCACCACACAGCCACUGACUUUGAGACGGGCCUGGGUCUGUGGAAUCAGUCAGAGGGGUGGUCCUGGGAUCACAGCACCGGAGGCCUCGAGCACCCCGCCUGGCCGCGCCGAGACCACAGCCAGAACAGUGCAAAGGGCUCCUUCCUGAUCUCCGUGGCCAAGCCCAGCGCCCCCGCCAUCCUCUCCAGCCCCGAGUUCCAAGCCUCUGGUACCUACCACUGCACGUUGGUCUUCUACUAUUACCUGCAUGGGUCUGAGGCUGGCAGCCUCCAGUUAUUCCUGCAGUCUCAGGACCCUGGGGCCCCCCAGACCCCCAUCCUGCUGCGGAGCCGCCGUGGGGACCUGGGGGACAUCUGGGUCCGUGACCAGGUGGACGUCCAGAGCAUGCACCCCUUCCGGAUCCUGCUGAUCGGGCAGACGGGCCCAGGGGGCGUCGUGGGCCUGGACGACCUCAUCCUGUCAGACCGCUGCGCCCCAGUACUGGAGCCAUCUGCCCUGCAGACGCUGCCCCCACAGCCCCAGGACUCCUGCGAGCCAGAACACCUCUCCUGUGGGGACCUGUGUGUGCCCCUCGAGCAGCUGUGUGACUUCCAGCAGCAAUGUGCAGGAGGAGAGGACGAACUGCAGUGCGGCACCACGGACUUUGAGUCCACAGCAGGGGGCUGGGAGGAUGCCAGCGUGGGGCAGCUGCAGUGGCAACGACUGGCGGCCCAGGAGAGUGGGAGCCCUGCCGGGCACUUCCUGUCCCUGCAGAAGGCCUGGGGGCAACUGGUGGCUGCAGCCAGCGUGCUCACGCCACCCCUGGGCCCCUCAGGCCCCGCCUGUGAGCUCCACAUGGCCUACUACUUCCAGAGUCACCCGCAAGAGAUCUCCUGUAACUUCGAGAGGGACAUGUGCGGCUGGCAUGCUGGUCACCUCGCAGGCACCCGUUGGCACAGGGUCAAGAGCAGCGGCCCUGGUUAUGACCACACUACUGGCCGGGGCCACUUCAUGCUCCUUGACCCCGCUGAGCCCCUGGCCCGAGGCCCCAGUGCCCAACUGCUCACCGGGUUCCAGAUGCCGGCAGGACCGACAGAGUGCCUGUCCUUCUGGUACCACCUCCACGGGCCCCAGAUUGGGACGCUGCUCCUGGCCAUGCGGCAGGAAGGGGCAGUGGAGAUGGCCCUGUGGUCACGCUCAGGCUCCCAUGGCAACCGGUGGCACCAGGCCUGGGCCACCCUCACCCACCAGCCUGGCUUCAAGUACCAGCUGCUGUUUGAGGGCCUGCGGGACGGCUUCCAGGGCACCAUGGGGUUAGACGAUGUCACCGUGCGGCCUGGUCCCUGCUGGGCCCCCAGGCGCUGCUCCUUUGAGGAUUCGGCCUGUGGCUUCUCCACGGGCGGCCAGGGCCUCUGGAGGCGCCAGACCAAUGCCACAGGCCAGGCUGUGCGGGGCCCCUGGGCAGAUCACACCACUGAGACACCACAAGGGCACUACAUGGUGGUGAACAUGAGCCCCCAGGCCCUGUCCCAUGGCCACGUGGCCACCCUGACCUCGGAGGAGCACGGGCCCCUGGCCCAGCCAGCCUGCCUGACUUUCUGGUAUCACCUGAGCCUCCAAAGCCCAGGCACUCUGAGGGUCCACGUGGAAGAGGGUGAGCGGCACCAGGUGCUCAGCAUCAGUGCUCAUGGCGGGCUGGCCUGGCGCUUGGGCAGCAUCGAUGUGCAGGCUGAGCGGGCCUGGAGGGUGGUGUUUGAGGCGGAGGCCGCGGGUGUGGAGCACGCGUACAUUGCGGUGGAUGAUCUGUUUCUUGAGGACGGGCCCUGCCCUCGGCCAGCAUCCUGUGACUUUGAGUCUGGCCUGUGUGGCUGGAGCCACCUGCCCUGGCCCAGCCUCGGCGGGUACAGCUGGGAUUGGAGCAGCGGGGCCACGCCCUCCCGGUACCUCCAGCCCUCCGUGGACCACACCCUGGGCACCGAGGCAGGCCACUUUGCCUUCUUUGAAACCAGCGUGCUGGGCCCAGGGGGCCGGGCAGCCUGGCUGCGCAGUGAGCCACUCCCUGCCACCGAGGGCUCCUGCCUCCGCUUCUGGUACCACAUGGGCUUCCCUGAGCACUUCUACAAGGGGGAGCUAAGAGUACUACUGAGCAGCGCCCGGGGGCAGCUGGCUGUUUGGGGUGCAGACCGGCAUCAGCGGCACCAGUGGCUGCAAGGCCAGGUGGAGGUGGCCAACCCUGAGGAGUUCCAGGUCAUAUUUGAAGCCACUCUGGGUGGCCAGCCGACCCUAGGACCCAUUGCCCUGGAUGACGUAGAGUUCCUGGCUGGGCAGCCCUGCCACGUGCCUGCACCCAGCCAGGGGGACAGGCCCGUGCCCGUGUCAGUGCCUGUCGUGGUCAGUGGCGCCCUCCUCUUCCUGCUGCUCCUGGGGCUGCUUGGACUUGUGGGGCGGCGCUGGCUCCAGAAGAGAGGGUGCUGCCCUUUAUUGGGACGCCGGGAGACUGGGGCAGCACCGCCAGGCUUCGACAAUGUUCUCUUCAAUGCGGACUGCGUCACGCUCCCUACACCGCCCAUCACCAGCGACCCGUAGCUGCUCGCGGACUUGCUCCUGCCUCUCCAGGAACAGCCCCAGGCCAAGUACAAUCAGCCUCAGGGACAGCUCUCAGGCCCUGGGGCUAUACCGGACAGUUCCCACUGGCCCCUCACCCCUGAGCCAGAGCCGACGGGAUCUGGAGGGGCCACGUAGCCGCCACCUCUAUCACCAGCCCAGGGUCCAUCUGAUCACCGGGGGGGAUGGUGGUCACACACCCCAGAAAUAAACAGCCUGUGCGGUCCCCACUUCUGGCUCGCGGACUGUGGUUACUUCGCCCAUUCCCUCUCUGGCCCCCGCAGAGCUGGCAGGCUCUCAGGAGUGACCUCACACCCCUAACUCAGGAGACAGA